AACAAAAUACUCGGCCUUCCGGCGCUCAGUUACUUAUACGCAUGGAUUAUAAUAACUUGUCAGCUAUUAACAAGAUGGAGGAUGCAAGUUUUCUAAUUGAAAAACAAAAUGAAGCUGUAAAAGAAGAAAAUAAAAAUGGAGAAAAAGAGAAAGAGAUAAUCGACCACCAAAAGAUCGUUGAAGAUCCAAGUAAAACUGCAGCACUUUCGAAGGUUCAGUUAACAGUGCAAAAUGAUCCAAAGAGUCCAUCAGAUACCAAUCGGGAAGAAGGACUUACAGCAAAAGAUGAAAAAGAAAAUAAAACUAGGGAAAAAGAAGAAAUUGGUCCAUCGGUCGUAAGCAAUAAUCAAGCACCUGCAACCCCUUCCCAAAUUCAAGUACUAAAACAAAAUGAUACAAGUAACACAUCAGAUGUAGUUAAAGUACCUCAUUCGGAAGUCGGAAAAGAAAACAAAUCCAGAGAAACAGGAAAGUUGAAGAUGGCCCCUACUGAUACCGCUGAAACCGCAGCUAAAGUAGACGACGUAAAAGUCAGUGAAGUGAACGCAACAUGGAACCGAAUAACCAGAAUGACAAGUCACGGGGAAUACGGAUUUAAUGCAACAGCCACCGAUUUGCUCACGCUACACAGAACGCUACCGGAUAUCCGCCCAGAAAAAUGUCAUUCCAUUAAGUACGACCUGAGCCGGCUGCCAAGAACCAGUGUCGUCAUACCGUUUUUUAACGAGGCAUGGUCGACGCUCCUAAGGACCGUUCACUCUGUUCUGGACGCAACCCCGCCGGAACUUCUGCUAGAAGUCAUCCUGGUAGACGAUAACAGCACCUACGAUUAUCUGGGAGCUCCGCUGGCUGAUUACGUCGACGAGCUAGAAAAGGUCAAACUGUACCGACUGGAAGAACGCAGCGGGUUGAUGGUUGCUAGGCAGCACGGCGCAUCACGUGCCAGCGGUGACGUGCUCUUCUUUUUGGAUUCGCACUCAGAGAUGGGAACUGAUUGGCUGCAACCUCUGGUCGCCAGGAUCAAAGAAUGCCGCUCGUGUGUCGUCAUUCCCGUCAUGGAUCUGAUAAAACCGCACGAUUUUGAGUUCAUGAGAGCCGUGCCAGACUUUCGCGGUACUUUUGACUGGGAUAUGACCUUCCGGUGGAGGAAAAUACCCAUUGAUGUUCUGAAGAACCGUGAGGGGGAGCUUUCACCGAUUCCCACCCCGACCAUGGUUGGGUGUGCACAUGGCAUCGACCGGAAGUAUUUCUGGGAGCUCGGAGCGUAUGAUACUACGAUGGAAAUUUGGGGGGCGGAGAAUAUCGAACAUUCAUUUCGCAUAUGGAUGUGUGGCGGUCGCCUGGAGACCAUUCCGUGCUCACGUGUUGCCCACGUGUUCAAACAUGGCGGUCUGACGUAUACUUUUAAAAGUGUGAAGACCAAAUCGAGUGCCAUAAUCCAGAAGAAUCAAAUAAAGACGGUGGAACUUUGGCUAGAUGAGCACAGAGAUAUCUUUUAUGCCACGCAAUGGGCCAUUGAGCCCGUGAAUUAUACGCACAUUGAACAGCGCCAGGAGCUGAGAAAACAAUUGGGAUGUAAACCGUUUUCUUGGUACGUCGAAAAUAUCAUCCCCGAUACACCGGUGCCUUUAAAAUCUAAUCUGUAUUUCGGACAGUUGAUUCACCACACGAAAGAGGACACGUGCCUCAGUUAUGACGUCAUAUCUCGUGAUGGUCACGUGGUCUCCAGCACGCCCUGCUCAGAUCAGUACGUCGCCGAGCACGCCUUUCAUUUUGAUGCAAACGGCAAAUUUAUGUUUUACGCAAGGUGUUUUAAUUUAACUGAAAACGCAACACUCAAUCUUACCAGUGAAUGCAACAAUACAACCAACACAUGGACAUUUGAAAAUUCUAUGCUCAAACAUCUUGGCACAAACCGUUGCUUGGGAUUGGACAGUGAAGGUCAGGUGACCAUGACGUUGUGCGCAGAGUCAGACGCCUCCCAGAAAUGGCGUUUUACUUACCAUUUUAAUUGGGACAUUGGAAAGAAAAAGCCGUGGGAAGAAACUUUGAGAGAAAAGGAAGAAUGACAGUUUUAAAGGCGAUUAUAUUAAAUAGGCCUUAUUUUGAAAACGCAUGGGUUUCCUUUCUGACAGGUUUUGUGUAGGACGAUGCCUUUAAAGCUAUAUAUUUUGAUAUCAGUUUUACAAAAUUAAUCAAUCACUUCAUCUGAUAUAAAGUUUGACUCACAUCAGUCAAUUACGAUUUGAUUUUCAGAAGAGAUGACAAACACUUGUUUUUCGUUUUACUUUCAGUUUAGUCAUUACUUCCUUUAACAGUCAGAUGGAAUACUUUUAGGAUAUUUUGGAUAGAUCUAAUAAGUUUGAAACGACUUCAGGACAGUUGGGUUUUACGUCAUCGCGAUCAACUGUUUCAUAAAUAUUAAAAUUAAAAUAUCUCACGAUUAUUACCGUCAUUUUAUUUUCUUACAUAUGUAAAUAACGAACAAAAUUUCAUGCUAUUAUUGCGUGUACGGUAGCGCUGUGGCCAUCCCAGCGAAGAAUUUUCUUAUUAUUUAACAAAAGACCGGGUCACAACAUGGCGGCUCUCCGCAGCAGAUGACGUCAGGACAGAUUUCCGGUCUUGCCGGCCAGCGGUCCCAAGUCUCCAAGGAUGAGAGACGUUUGACAGCCCCGACG